AUGAAUGGAGGAUGUUAUGAGGAAGCCUAUAAUGAGCCCAGCGAUUACGAAGACGAAGAGGAGGAGACGCAUGAAAGACAUCGCAGUCGAAGUCGAAAGCGAAAGCAUCGCCACAGCUCCGGAAAGCAUCGCCGUCAUCGCAAAAGGUCUCGUUCGAGAAGUCGAAGUCGUAGCAGAGAGAGAAUACCUGGUCGAGUACAUAUAAAUCCGAAUUUUGCGUACCAUCGCCGUCAUCGCAAAAGGUCUCGUUCGAGAAGUCGAAGUCGUAGCAGAGAGAGAAUACCUGGUCGAGUACAUAUAAAUCCGAAUUUUGCAAACUUGGGACCAACGGCGUCGUCGUUGCUAGAAACCAACAAUAUUCUUGAAGCCGAAGUUGUACGUUUGCGAAACGAAUUAGGCUGCACUAGCAUACGCAUUAGAGCGCUCGAAAAUGAACUCAGCAACGGUACAGUUCUUCGUAGCAAUCUUGAACAAGAAUUGUCCAUAUCUCGCCUUAACUGUCAAAAACUACAGCAAGCUUCAACUAAGAGCUCACAAAUAAUUUCCUCUUUCAAAAAUGACAUCGCAACGGUUCGCAAGGAGAAAGAAGCAGUUCUGGAGGUUUUGAAGCAGACUGAAAUGCAAUUGUCGGCAAACACUGAGCAGGUGGCGUUUCUUACGAAACGGAAUGAGGUAUUAGGAAAGAAAUGCGAGGAGUUGGUCGAAAAAAAUCGUGUCUGCAGGGAAGAGAGGGAUGAUGCCGUCCAGCUUGUAGCGUCGAUGAAGAGAGAAGUUGAAAACAUACAGUCGGCACUCGACCUCAGGACAGCGGAAUACAAGAGAAUGGAAGGAGAUCUUGCAGCAGCUCGUGAAAGGGAGCGUAUGUGGAAAGUGGAGAAAUUGGAGUUCGAGAGGAAGUUAGCUGCCAAGGAUUCGUUAAUAGCCAGUGAAAGGAAACGCAUGGAAGACCAGCGAAAACGUGAUAAGGCUCAGUUGGCUGAACUGGAAAAGAAACUGAAAUGCGAACAACCUGGUUGGGAAUCUCAACUAGGAGUGGUGAGUUGUUUUGCUCUCAAGCAAGCAUGUACUUUUCAAAACCACU